AUGCAACUAAACUCUCGAUGCGUCUUAUCAUUCCUCAUUAUUUGCAUAUCAUCUACGUUUGCCUCGCAUCAUCACAGAUCACGACAUCAUCGUGAUACGGAACGUCCAAAUUCAAGGCUACCAGCCGGUCCAAGACACGCUCUGUUUACUGACAGUAAAUUUGUAGUAGUAAGGCCGAACAAAAGCAACAGUCAGUCAGCUGAAGUCAUCGAAAACAAUUGGAAUUCAGUGGAUAGUAGUAAGGUAAGAAUUAGUAUAUAAUGUUAUAGUAUAUUGGCUGUUAAGUAAAAAAAGUUUUCAAAAAUUUAAAAACUUUUAGACUUUUAAAAUUAGCUUAAAAAACUAUAACAAUACCUCACGUAAUUGUUUUUCAGCUUCUCUACGACCACCUGUUUUUCCCCUUGAUACCGGUCGAAAACCACGGAAUGCCAAAGCCAGACCUAUUACCGGGCAAGCAUGCCAUCAAAUUUGAAACUGACACCGAUUUAAAUUUAAACAAGGAACCAACCGACAUCAAGUCGACGUUGAAAAAAAUCUUGAUGCGAAUAGACGCGUAG